CCCGGCUGGAACAUGGCGACGUGCGCCGAUAUCCUGAGGAGCGAGUUCCCCGAAAUCGAUGGACAGGUGUUUGACUACGUGACAGGCGUCCUGCACAGCGGCAGCGCCGACUUCGAGUCCGUGGACGACCUGGUGGAGGCCGUGGGGGAGCUGCUGCAGGAGGUGUCCGGGGACAGCAAGGAUGGCGCGGGCAUCCGGGCCGUGUGCCAGCGCAUGUUCAACACGCUUCGCCUGGCAGAACCACAGAGCCAAGGACAUAGCCAGGUGUUACUGGAUGCCCCCAUCCAGUUGUCUAAGAUGACUGAAAGUUAUGAUUAUGGCGAUAAGGUUCCAGGACUGAUAAAGAGGGACCAGUCUUCGACAGUGAACGCUAAGAAGCUGGAGAAGGCCGAAGCCCGGCUCAAGGCCAAGCAGGAGAAGCGAACCGAGAAGGACACUCUCAGGACAGCCGGUCCUCCAGUCUUGGAAGAGGCUUCGGCCAGCCAGGCAGGGAGCAAGAAGGAGAGCCGGCUGGAGUCGUCGGGCAAGAACAAAUCCUAUGACGUGCGGAUCGAGAACUUUGAUGUCUCUUUUGGCGAGCGGGUUCUGUUGACGGGCGCAGAUGUGAACCUAGCGUGGGGCCGUCGCUACGGACUAGUUGGACGGAAUGGGCUGGGCAAGACGACGUUACUGAAGAUGUUGGCGACGCGCAGUCUCCGGAUCCCGGCCCACAUCUCCCUCCUCCAUGUGGAGCAGGAGGUGGCAGGGGAUGAUACCAUGGCCCUGCAGAGUGUGCUGGAGAGUGACACCUUCCGAGAAGGGCUGCUGCAGCGAGAGCGCCAGCUCAGCGCCCAGAUCGCGGCAGGCCGAGCGGAGGGCCCAGAGGCUGCACAGCUUGCUGAGAUCUAUGCCAAGCUCGAGGAGAUUGAGGCUGACAAAGCCCCUGCCAGGGCAUCUGUUAUCCUUGCUGGACUUGGUUUCAAUGUAAAGAUGCAGCAGCAGCCCACGCGGGAGUUCUCUGGUGGCUGGAGGAUGCGACUGGCCCUGGCUAGGGCCCUCUUUGCCCGGCCAGAUCUACUGCUGUUGGAUGAGCCCACCAACAUGCUGGACGUGCGCGCUAUCUUGUGGCUGGAGAAUUACCUGCAGACUUGGCCCUCAACGAUCUUGGUUGUUUCCCACGACCGAAACUUCUUGAACGCGGUGGCCACAGAUAUUAUCCACCUGCAUAGCCAGCGGCUGGACAGCUACCGUGGGGACUUUGAAACCUUCAUCAAGAGCAAACAAGAGCGGCUGAAGAGCCAGCAGCGCGAGUAUGAGGCCCAGCAGCAGUACCGCCAGCACAUCCAGGUGUUCAUUGACCGCUUUCGCUAUAACGCCAACAGAGCAUCCCAGGUGCAGAGUAAACUCAAAUUGCUGGAGAAGCUGCCAGAGCUGAAGCCUGUGGACAAGGAGGUGGAGGUGGUGAUAAAGUUUCCUGAUGGGUUUGAAAAGUUCUCACCCCCAGUUCUGCAGCUCGAUGAAGUGGACUUCCACUAUGACGCUCAGCACCCCGUUUUCAGUCGUCUUUCCGUCUCGGCAGACCUCGAGUCUCGGAUCUGUGUGGUGGGGGAGAAUGGAGCAGGGAAGUCGACCAUGCUGAAGCUGUUGAUGGGAGACCUGGCACCCGUGCGGGGGAUCAGACAUGCCCACAGAAACCUGAAGAUUGGCUACUUCAGCCAGCACCACGUGGAGCAGCUUGACCUGAAUGUCAGCGCUGUGGAGCUACUGGCUCGCAAGUUCCCUGGGCGGCCCGAGGAGGAAUAUCGCCACCAGUUGGGACGCUAUGGCAUCUCUGGGGAGCUGGCUGUCCGCCCUGUUGCUAGCCUGUCCGGAGGGCAGAAAAGCCGAGUGGCCUUUGCCCAGAUGACCAUGCCCUGCCCCAACUUCUACAUCCUGGACGAGCCAACCAACCACCUGGACAUGGAAACCAUCGAAGCCUUAGGCCGGGCCCUCAACAGUUUCAGGGGCGGGGUGAUCCUUGUCUCCCACAACGAGCGCUUCAUCCGCCUGGUCUGCCAGGAGCUGUGGGUGUGUGAAGGCGGUGGCGUCACCCGGAUCGAAGGGGGCUUUGACCAGUAUCGGGACCUUCUCCAGGAGCAGUUCCGGCGUGAGGGUUUCCUCUAAGACCUUCCUGCCGGAAGGCCUGAUCUGGGGCACAGACUGGCACCCGCAGGCUCCCCGGGCAGCAGACUCACUUCUUAGGCCUGGGCCACGGACUUCCCCCAAACAUGGGGACAGCCUUAUUCCAACUUCUCUUCUCCAUCCCUUGCCCCAGACCAGAGUUCCCCUUCUCCAUCCUGGGGGGCUCCGUGGAAGGGGCUCUGAGGCUUGUUCUCCAUGGGGUGGAGAAGACUCCUGGGGCUCCAGCCCUCUCCCCUCUCUCUGCCUAGGUCCAGCGGGGCCAUCAUGUAAAUUAAACCUGCCCCCCGUCUGUCCCCCCA